AUGGAGAAGAAUGGGGCAGAUAACUGGAGGGAGAUGGUCAGGAAAAUGCUUCCACCAGGUGCCCCCGUCCCAGAUGAGGACAAAAUGGACUACUCGAUUGCCCUCGAGUACAGUGGGCCACCUGUCCCAUACGACCUGCCAAGAGCUGAGCCUCUCGACUUGAACCCCGACCUAAUCCCAACUGCCGACCCACUCUCCGAGUCCAGAGGAUCGAUAUCCCGCGACUCGGUCCAUCCUGUGAUGGACCCAAUCCCUCUUCCCAGGGCCCGUGUAUUCGUGAACCCGACCGAUCAUCCCUCCAGAAGAAGACCGUCCCAAAGUACCGAGUCAGUUGUGUCCGUUUUGCAAAACGACGAUUUUUACUCUCGUUCGGGCUCGGGCUCCCCAGGCUCAAUCCACAGCCGUAGUAAGGGCAGUGCCCCUCCCAACGAGGCGAGACGGCCAAUGGUGGUGACUUUUAACACAGGCGAUAGGUCCGAAAGGCGAUUGGCUGACGGUGAAAAGCAGGUUUUCCCCGAAUAUGUUGUGGGCUUAGCCAAGGAGAAAAAGAAGAGAAAAAAGGCGAGGGUUUGCUAUAGGUGCGGGAAAGGGAAGUGGGAGACUAAAGAGUCUUGUUUGGUUUGUGAUGCGAAAUAUUGCAGUAACUGCGUGCUUCGGGCAAUGGGCUCGAUGCCCGAGGGGCGCAAGUGUGUGACGUGUAUAGGGGAGCCGAUUGAUGAGCUGAAAAGGUGCAGAUUGGGUAAACACUCGAGGGUUUUGUCUCGUUUGUUAAGCCCGUUGGAAGUUAAGCAUAUUAUGAAGUCCGAGAAGGAGUGUGCGGCUAACCAGCUCCGGCCGGAGCAGUUGAUUGUGAAUGGGUAUCCUUUGAAGUCGGAGGAAAUGGCGGAGCUUUUCGGGUGCCCAUUGCCACCUAGGAAGUUGAAGCCCGGCCAGUAUUGGUAUGACAAGGAAUCGGGUCUUUGGGGAAAGGAGGGAGAGAAGCCUGAUAGAAUUAUAAGUUCGAAUUUGAAUUUCACGGGAAAACUAAGCCCGGACGCGAGCAAUGGGAGUACUGAGGUGUACAUGAAUGGUCGAGAAAUCACGAAGCUUGAACUGAGAAUACUGAAGCUCGCAAAUGUACAAUGCCCUCGUGAUACCCACUUUUGGGUUUAUGACGACGGUCGGUAUGAGGAGGAAGGCCAAAAUAAUAUUAGAGGAAAUAUCUGGGAAAAGGCAUCAACACGGUUCAUGUGCUCCUUGUUCUCUUUGCCUGUACCUCAAGGUCAGCCUCAUGGGCACAAGGAUGAGCCUAGCAACUAUAUGACUGUUCCAAACUAUCUCGAGCUGAAAAAAAAGAUCCAGAAGCUUCUUCUUCUUGGACAGCAAGGCUCUGGUACCAGCACUAUUUUCAAGCAGGCCAAGUUUUUGUACGGGAACAAGUUUACCCCUGAGGAGCUACAGGAUAUGAAACUCAUGAUACAGAGCAAUAUGUAUAAGUAUCUCAGCAUCUUGCUUGAUGGUCGAGAACGAUUUGAGGAGGAAGCUUUAUUAGAGAGAAGAAGGCAAGCUUCUAACAAAGAAGUUGCUGAAGAAGUUACUGAUGAUAGUAAUAAUAACCAAUGCAUUUAUUCUCUCAACCCAAAGUUGAAACAUUUUUCUGAUUGGCUGCUCGACAUUAUAGCCACUGGGGAUAUGGAUGCUUUUUUCCCAGCAGCAACACGUGAAUACGCCCCACUUGUUGAGGAAGUAUGGAAAGAUUCUGCUAUUCAAGAGACUUACAAGAGAAAGAAUGAGCUCCACUUUCUUCCAGAUGUAGCUGAGUACUUCUUGGGCAGGGCGGUUGAAAUAUCGAGCAACGAGUACGAGCCUUCAGACAAAGAUAUACUGUAUGCUGAAGGGGUGACUCAAGGUAACGGGUUGGCUUUUAUGGAGUUCUCAUUGGACGACCGGAGUCCAAUGUCCGAAACGUACACGGAAAAUCUUGAAUCAGCCCCACCUCUGUCCAAGUUCCAACUGAUCCGAGUAAACGCCAAAGGCAUGAAUGAGGGUUGCAAGUGGGUUGAGAUGUUCGAGGAUGUCCGAGCGGUCGUGUUCUGCGUAUCUUUGAGUGAUUACGAUCGGGUGUGUGCAUCCCCAGACACAUCCAAUCCCGGGCCCCACCUCUCGAACCAGAUGAUCCAGAGCCGGGACCUUUUCGAGUCCGUGAUCAAACACCCGUGUUUCAAGAACACACCUUUUGUCCUCGUACUCAACAAGUACGACUUGUUCGAGGAAAAAAUCAACCGGGUCCCGCUGGGCUCAUGCCCUUGGUUCACCGACUUCAGCCCAGUUAGGCCCCACCACAACACACAGUCACUGGCCCAACAGGCCUACUUCUACGUGGCCAUGCGAUUCAAGGAGCUUUACGCGUCCCUAACGGGCCAGAAGCUUUUCGUUUGGCAGACACGGGCCUUGGACAGGCUCACUGUAGACGAGGCUUUCAAGUACAUACGUGAGGUUGUCCGGUGGGAUGACGAGAAAGAGGAAGGCUACUAUGCGGCCGGUGGGGAGGACUCGUUUUACAGCACAACUGACGUGAGUUCCCCACCGUUAGUCCGCCAGGAAUGA